GUUACAGCAAGAGAGAAGCUGGAGAAUACUUCAGUGAAAAGUAGCAAAAGUGCAAAAUGCACCCGCCCCUCGUUGCCCAACUGCGCCUGCGCCAAUCCUCUGACAAAGUUCAUAAACCUGCUUUCCAGGAGCGUAUCAAUUCGUGUGGGUGUGAGCGCUGAAACAGUGGAAUAUGAUGUCUCACCAUGGUUUGGCAUGGAAGAAGAGCAGCUGCUGUAUAAACAGAGUAUGGAUCAGCUAAUUCCGGUACUCUACGAUAUUUUGAGCUAUUUAUCCAAGGGAUUCAACAUCGAACUAGUGCUGUCUUUUGUUUCGACGAAGUCUCUUCCAUAUGUUGAUUUCGACACAACCAAGAGGACCUUGUUGUUUAUCCGAUGA